AACUCUUCUGUGUUGGCCCUGGGAUGAAUUAGUGAAGCUAUUGAUGUAUUCAUCUUUUACCACCAAUUAACUAGUUAAGUCUAAAAUUAAGAUAUCUAGAUUAAAAUAAAUAAGGAAGGAGUUGUUGGGGGUAGUGCGGUGAGAUGAAGCAAGAGCAGCGAGGAAGUAGAAGACGGUAGGAUAAAGACCUCCCACCCAACUCCAGUUAGUUGUUGUUAGUAACUACUCUUCCCUUCGUUUACUUAUAGACCAAGAACACUGGCCCUCCUAACACACGCUCCAACUCCUUCCUUCCCACCACAUGGGCUACGGCCGAGUCGACUCGUCCGAGUCACUACCCUCCUUAUCCGAUCUGCAACUGCAAGCGAGUCGCGACGCGUCCAGGACCAGGGCACGCCGUCGGCUGUCACUCUGCCUUGGUCUUAUCGGCGUGCUUUUGCUCGUCGGGUUCCAGGUGGCGCACAUUGUCCUCCGCCGCGACUCGGCUGAGACGACGACGCCUCGGCCGGAUCGCAGCCGGCCGAUGAGCCAGGCCAUAUCGCGGGCCUGCGGCCUGACACGGUACCCGGUCCUCUGCGUGCGUUCGAUGCUCGACUUCCCGGGCGCCCUCGACGCGGCUCGGGAGCGUGACCUCGUCCAUGUGUCGCUCAACAUGACGCUCAGCCGCGUCAGCGCGGCCAUACACGGUGCCUCCGCGAUUUCCGGCGCUGCCAUGGACCAGCUCGCCCGCUCCGCUUACGAGGACUGCAUGGAGCUGCUCGACCACUCGCAGGAGCAGCUCUCCAACUCACUUCUUGCGGUGGCCACCGCCGGUGCUUCGCCGGCGUCGCGAGCCCGAGUCAGGGGGUUCUCCGACGAGGACGUGAUCACCUGGCUCAGCGCCGCGCUCACCAACCAGGACACCUGCGACGAGGGGCUGCAGCAGGUGGCCGACCUCCGCGUGAAGCGGCACAUGGAGAGCCAAACCAAGGACCUCAGCGAGCUCGUCAGCAAUUGCCUCGCCAUCUUCUCUGGUUUGGGCCGCAAUAAGGAUUUCGCCGGCAUUCCUAUCCACGACAAAAGGAGGAGGAGGAAGCUACUAGAGUUCCCGUCGUGGGUGCGGAAGAAGGACAGACGCCUGCUCCAGUUGCCGGCGGCGAGCAUCCAGGCGGACAUGGUCGUUUCCAAGGACGGAAACGGCACUUACACCUCCAUCGCCGACGCAGUGAAUGCGGCACCAGACUACAGCACCCGCCGGAUCAUCAUCUACAUCAAGGCCGGCCAGUACUACGAGAACAUCAAGGUCGGACUGAAGAAGACGAAUCUCAUGUUCAUCGGCGACGGCAGAAGCAACACCAUCAUCGCCGGAUCGCGGAGCGCGUCCGACAACUUCACCACCUUCCACACAGCCACUUUCGCGGCGACGGGGACGGGGUUUAUAAUGAGGGACAUCACGGUGCAGAACUGGGCGGGGCCGGAGAAGCACCAGGCGGUGGCGCUGCGGGUGGGGGCGGACCACGCAGUGGUUUACAGGUGCAACGUCAUCGGAUACCAGGACACUCUGUACGUGCACUCUCAGCGGCAGUUCUUCCGGGAGUGCGACGUCUAUGGCACCGUCGACUUCAUCUUCGGCAACGCGGCGGUGGUGCUGCAAAACUGCAGCCUGUGGUCGCGCCGGCCAAUGCCGAUGCAGAAGAACACCAUCACCGCUCAGAACCGGAAGGACCCGAACCAGAACACCGGCAUCUCCAUCCACGCAUGCCGGGUGGUAGCGGCGGCGGACUUGGAGCCGGCGAAGGCCAACUACUCCACCUAUCUCGGUCGGCCGUGGAAGCUCUACUCCAGGACGGUGUUCAUGAUGUCGUACAUCGAGGACCACAUCCACCCAGCGGGGUGGCUGGAGUGGAACGCCACCUUCGCCCUCGACACCUUGUACUACGGCGAGUACAUGAACUACGGCCCGGGAGCUGCCAUCGGCAAGAGGGUGCAAUGGCCGGGGUUCCGGGUGAUCACGCUGCCGGAGGAGGCCAGCAAGUACACGGUGGCGCAAUUCAUCUUCGGCUCCUCAUGGUUGCCAUCCACCGGAGUCACCUUCUUGGCCGGCUUAUCCGUAUAAAAAAAAUAAUUCCUUCUCUCCUUGAUUCCAUUGCCUUUGUUCUAUCAUAUGUGAUCCCUCUUCCUGUGCAUGGUGUAGUUUAUUUUUUCCUCAAUUUUGUUUCAGAAACAGAUCGAUCGCAACUCCGAUCCUUCAAGUUCUUACAACCAUACAUUUUACGAAUUCCUAACAUUC